AUGGCAAUGGAUCCUGUCGAAAAGCCACCUCUUGACUAUGUCAAAGUCAAGACAACACUGCCCGUCUAUCCUCUUCCUCCCAAUAGCGAACGAAAGCCAUUCCAGACAAAACGUUUGACAAUGCGGCCCAUGACACAGGAUGACUUUAAGCAUGUUCGUGCUGUUCGAACAGAACCCGAAGGCAUGAUCUGGUCAACACAAGGUCGCCCUGAUAUAGAGAUGGAAGAAACACAAAAGAGUCUUGAUCGUCGUCUACCUCCAAAUGACGUCAAAGGCUACGACUGGCUCAUCUCCCUCACCGAGACUGGCGAGUUCGUUGGACUAGGAGGUUCUUGCGUGUGGUCGGCUGAACUUGGCUGGCCGGCCAUAGGAUAUCAAUUCCUAAAGGUGCAUUGGGGCAAAGGUUACGCUUCUGAAUUUGUCAAAGGCUACCUCGACCACUGGUGGUCGUUGCCAAGGACUGAGGUUGAAAUAUCGGUGGAUAAGAACACCACUCUAGGCGACAGUGAGGUCCAAGAUGAGUGUAUCUCAGCCGUCACAGUAGGCGAUCACGCUGCCAGCCAAAACGUCCUCAAGAAAUGUGGGAUGGAGUUUGCAUCCUCAUGGACAGAAACUGAUGGCAAGGGCUUCUCCGAGGGAAUUAUCCUGCAUGGUUUUUUUGCGCGCAAGGGAAAAGUUGGUAACUCGCUGUGAGUCGACGACCGAAAAGGGCUAUAUUAUACCCAUAUUGACCAAUCGGCCUCGAACCGAUCGGAUGUUAAUGAGUUGAUCGGCCGUGAUCGGACAUUUUAGAAGUCCGUGAUAGUUUCCAGUCCGGAUGAGUUCCACUUUUUGAUCUGGGUGUAAUGAAACAAUAAUUCGAACAAGAGGCUGUAUUCUCUGGGAAGGUCUAUUUUGUCAAGCAC